AUGAGGUGGUUUAGCGGAAAGGUAACUCCCUAUGUGUUUAUGACGGCAGGUAUAAUACUGGUGAUUAUGUCUAUUCAAACCUUCUUCACCAUCAGUCAUACAACAUCGACACAGGAGGUCAUGUCACCCAUGAGUGACAAUGCCCCCAUGAAGGCUUGCUUUGUUGUGCUUGUACGCAACAGUGAAUUGGACGGUAUUGCUACUACUAUUCGAGAAAUUGAAAGCACUUUCAACAGCAAAUUUGACUACCCCUAUGUCUUUUUGAACGAUGAGGAGUUUACUUCAGAAUUCAUCGAAACCACUUCCGCCCUAACCAAAUCGGUGACGAAAUAUGGCAAAGUCGAUAGUCAAAUGUGGGGUUACCCAAAUUAUAUCAACCAAACUUAUGCUGCAGAAUGUAGAUCUCAACUGCAACAACAGGGUAUACCUUAUGGGGAUAGUGAAUCAUACAGACAUAUGUGCAGGUUCCAAAGUGGCUUUUUCUUUAGACAUCCCAUGUUGGAUGAAUACGAUUACUACUGGCGUAUCGAACCUUAUGUCAAUUACUACUGUGAUAUUGAUUAUGAUGUAUUUAAAUAUAUGAGAAACAAUGGCAAGAAAUAUGGAUUUACUAUUGCAUUCAGAGAGUAUAUGGCUACUGUACCUACGCUUUGGCAAACUGUUAUGAAUUUCCGCAAAGAGAACCCUGAAGUAGCCAGUCGCUGGCCCACCAAGAAAGAUUCGUUGAUCAACUUUGUUAGUGAUAAUAAUGGCGACAGUUACAAUGGAUGUCAUUUCUGGACUAACUUUGAAAUCGCUUCGUUGGAACUCUGGAGAUCAAAUGAUUAUUUAAAAUUGUUUAGCUACUUGGAUCAACAAGGUGGUUUCUUUUAUGAACGUUGGGGCGACGCACCAGUACAUUCUAUUGCUGCCUCGUUGAUGCUUCGCAAAGAUGAGUUCCAUUUCUUUAAUGAUAUUGGUUAUAGGCACACUGCCUAUACCCACUGUCCCAGAGAGCCUGAAUUCAGAGACAAGUGUUCCUGCGAUCCAGCUAGCGAUAUGGACUACAAUGAUCCCAUAAAUUGUUUUGCCGAGUUCAAAAAAGCAUUGAAUUAA